GGAGCGCAGCCGCCGCCGCCGCCGCCGCGUCCUCAGCCUUGCGCUCCGCCCGCUGCCUCUGCCGCCUCAGCCCGGCCCCGGAGCGCUGAGCCGGGGACACCGGCCCCUCCGCCUGCCCGCCCGCCCUUCGGCCGCAGCCAGCAUGGGGGGCUGCUGAGAGCCAGCUCCUCUCCCCUCUGGCACCUCCCCCGGCCACUGGCCACUGGACUCUGGCCAGCGAGCCUCGGCCACCUCUGGCUGGCAGUCCGGCGCCUGGCACGGCCCUCGGCUCUGCUCCUCCGGCUCUGAGCAUCGUGUCCCCGCCCCCCCCGCCCGCGCCUGGGACACCUGGGUCCCCCGGCGGCCCCUGGGAGAGGGGCGGGGGGGGGGGGCAUGAAGCCACUGGAGAAAUUUUUGAAGAAGCAGACGUCGCAGCUGGCAGGGCGAGCGGUGGCAGGAGGUCCCGGCGGGGGUCCGGGUUGCUGCGGAGGGCCGGGAGGGGGUGGCGGCCCUGGCGGGGGCGGCGGUCCGACCGGGGGACCGCGGCCGCUGCAGCGGCGUCAGAGCGUGUCUCGCCUGCUGCUCCCAGCUUUCCUCCGAGAGCCCUCAGCCGAGUCCGGGCUGGAGCCACCGGCCGAGGAGGAAGGGGGAGAGCCGUUAGGGCUCUCGGAGGAGCCGGGCAGCGGGGGGCCGUGUUGGCUGCAGCUGGAGGAGGUGCCCGAGCCCGGGCCGCUGGGGUGCGGGGUACCCCUGCGCUCCCCUUCCUCGUACUCCUCAGAUGAGCUAUCCCCGGGCGAGCCCCUGGCUUCACCUCCCUGGGCCCCCCUGGGCGCCCCCGAGCGGCCAGAGCAUCUUCUGAACCGGGUUCUGGAGCGCCUGGCUGGAGGGACUACCAGGGACAGCGGCGCCUCAGAUAUUCUGCUUGAUGACAUUGUCCUCACCCAUUCCCUCUUCCUGCCAACCGAGAAGUUUCUACAAGAGUUACACCAGUACUUUGUUCAGUCAAGGGAUGUGGAGGGUCCAGAGGGGCUGGGCCGGAAGCAAGCCUGUCUAGCUCUACUCCUCCAUUUCUUGGAUACCUACCAAGGACUGUUACAAGAGGAAGAAGGGGCCGGCCACAUUAUCAAGGAACUGUAUCUGCUGAUUAUGAAGGAUGAGUCCCUUUACCAAGACCUCCGAGAGGACACUCUGAGGCUGCACCAGCUGGUGGAGACAGUGGAGCUAAAGACUCCAGAGGACAGCCAGCCGCCCGGCAAGCCGGUUAAACCGCUCUUCCGCCACUUCCGCCGCAUAGACUCCUGUCUGCAGACCCGGGUCGCUUUCCGGGGCUCUGAUGAGAUCUUCUGCCGGGUCUACAUGCCUGACCACUCUUACGUGACCAUACGCAGCCGCCUCUCAGCAUCAGUGCAGGACAUUCUGGGCUCUGUGACAGAGAAGCUGCAGUAUUCGGAAGAGCCGGCAGAGCGUGAGGAUGCCCUCAUCCUGGUCGCUGUUGCCUCCUCUGGAGAGAAGGUCCUCCUCCAGCCAACGGAAGACUGUGUUUUCACCACUCUGGGCAUCAACAGCCACCUGUUUGCCUGUACCCGGGACAGCUAUGAGGCUUUGGUACCCCUUCCUGAGGAGAUCCAGGUCUCCCCUGGAGACACAGAGAUCCACCGGGUGGAACCUGAAGAUAUUGCCAACCAUCUCACCGCCUUCCACUGGGAGCUCUUCCGAUGUGUGCAUGAGCUGGAGUUCGUGGACUAUGUGUUCCACGGGGAGCGUGGUCGCCGGGAGACAGCCAACUUGGAGCUGCUGCUGCAGCGCUGCAGCGAGGUCACUCACUGGGUGGCCACGGAGGUGCUGCUCUGUGAGGCCCCGGGCAAGCGGGUCCAGCUGCUCAAGAAGUUCAUCAAGAUCGCCGCCAUCUGCAAGCAGAAUCAGGACCUCCUGUCCUUCUAUGCUGUGGUUAUGGGACUGGAUAACGCUGCCGUCAGCCGCCUGCGGCUCACCUGGGAGAAACUGCCAGGGAAAUUCAAGAACCUCUUCCGCAAAUUUGAGGACUUGACGGACCCCUGCCGGAACCAUAAAAGCUACCGAGAAAUCAUCUCCAAAAUGAAGCCCCCUGUGAUUCCGUUCGUGCCCCUGAUCCUCAAAGACCUGACCUUCCUGCACGAGGGGAGUAAGACCCUGGUGGAUGGUUUGGUGAACAUUGAGAAGUUGCAUUCCGUGGCUGAGAAAGUGAGGACAAUCCGAAAAUACCGGAGCCGGCCCCUCUGCCUGGACAUGGAGGCCUCCCCACAUCACCUGCAGACCAAGGCCUAUGUGCGCCAGUUCCAGGUCAUCGACAACCAGAAUCUCCUCUUCGAGCUCUCCUACAAGCUGGAGGCUAAUAGUCAAUGAGAGUUGAGGGGCCCAGCUGCUCCCACCUAGGUCCUUGGCACCUGGUACUCAAGCACUUUGCACGACGCCCUCAACAACCCACAUCGGCCAUCUUUCCCCUGGAGUUGGGUUGAUCUACCAGAAUGCAUAAGUGUGUCUGUCUGUCCUGCUGAGGCCCUCUUACCAUGCUCCUCCACACUCCUGGUUUCUGACCUCUCCCAGUGAGGUCUAUUCCAGAGAUGGAGUUUCCAGACUCUGCUUCCCAAGCAGGAAGGAAGCACCCGCUGCCAGAUCUCAGCUGUGGUACCGGAGGCACUGGAAGCCUUCUUCCCCGCCACCUGAUUAUUUCCCCCUUAUGGGGGCUGAGAUCCCUGGAUACACACCCCAAGACAGUGUGUGUGUGUGUGUGUGUGUGUGUGUGUGUGUGUGUGUGUGUGAUUUACAUGUCCCCUCUUAGGGAACAAGAGUGCAUCUGAUAAGGUAGGGAGAGUAUCACAAGUGGGGAUUUUGUUUGCUUGGUUGUUUUUGUUUUUUUUUGCUUUUGUUUUUUGAGGAUCCCUUCUGUUUGGUGCUACCCUUGUUGACUCUGUCUCCCUCCCUUCCUUCCUCCCUCCCUCCCUCCCUGCCCAACUCCACCUGCUGUCCUACAUGUGAAAACUGUGGGCCAACCUGUUCCUGAAGGCAGGCAAUAUCAGAAGGCAAGAGAGUUAGUACCCAUUAGCUCCUGUAAAUCCCACAUCCAAGCUUCCCCAAGAUUUCUGGGUAUAUGACAGUGAGAGGCAUAAAGAUGCUCAGGGAAACACAGGCUUACGCUGCCUCCAGGACCCUGCAUCUCUGCCCGGCAGUGGGUAGAAUGCAGUGGUAUCGGGAGAUAGGGAGGGGCACCUGUUGCCCAUACCUCUCUGCUUUUGGGGGUAUCUCACUGCUAAGGGGGGAGUUGUCAUCCUUCUUCUGGCUCUGUGUCUGCCACCAACCACACAGUCUGGCUAUCUGUCUUCACCCCUACCCCGCCCUUUGUCUUUCUAUAGACUCAGGGUGGACCUCAGUACCUGGGGCAGCUGGCGCCUCCCUAAGUGGGGAGGCAGGGCAGCAUUGGUUGUAAAGAAGAAGCUGGGCUCCAGAAAGGCCUUUAUUACCUCUCCGGCACCCUUCCCUCUCCCAUCAAGGGCUCCAGGGCUGAGGGGUUGCAGGGGCUCUUGGCAGCUACUGGGUGGGGCUUCCUGGCACAGCCUCACCCUCCUUCCUGACCCUUCUGAAGAGGUAACGGUGGCCGUGGCAGCUGGGAAAUCAGCUGUAGCUCCUGCUCUGGGAGUGGAUAUAUUUUUUACCCAAAGCUCUGGAAUUGUACAUUUAUUUUUUAAAACCCAAAGAGGGAAAGAACCUUGUAUCAUAUGUAAACAUUGUAUCAUAGGUUAUGUUGUACAGUCCCUUUUAUACAGCAGUUCCUGUCAAAAUACCCACAGACAUGCCAUACCACUCCCCCAAGCUCCUAGUGGUGAUGGUGACCAUGCCACCACCACCCCCAGCCCAUGAUGGUAAUGGUAACCAUAUCUCCCCAUACUCUGCUUCUUCCAUGCAACUUCUGGCUGCUCCCCCUGCAGCCCAAGCUUCCUGCCCCUCUUCAGCAACCCCUCAUCAGCCUUCUCUAGUUCCCUAGCCUCCAAGAACACCUCCUCCCCAUCCGUUGGCUGCUGCUUGCCUCUGAUUGUGAUGCUUGCCCCACUGCUUCUCAGGGGCUCCCACCCCCCAACCCUGUAGCUUUAACGGAGUGAACCGUGUGUAUUGUACAGGCCCAGUUGUCAAUGAAGAAACCGCUGGAUAGAGAAAAUACACUCAAGUCUAUGAAUGAA